CAUGUGAAGGAUAGCAAUGUGGGAGUGCACACCUUCCUGGGCAUUCCCUUUGCCAAGCCACCUGUAGGACCACUGCGGUUUGCCCCUCCUGAGCCCCCUGAACCUUGGAGUGGUGUGAGGGAUGCCACCUCCUACCCAGCCAUGUGUUUGCAAAAUUCUGAUCCUAUGGGCAAUGUCACAAUACCACCAAUCUCUAUGUCUGAAGAUUGCCUUUAUCUCAACAUCUAUUCACCUGCCAGUGCCCUGGAGGGCUCUAACCUGCCUGUGAUGGUGUGGAUCCAUGGUGGUGCACUGGUUACAGGUUUGGCUUCUAUCAAUGAAGGAUCCAGGCUGGCAGCCACUGAGGAUGUGGUGGUGGUUAUUAUCCAAUACCGCCUGGGAGUCCUGGGCUUCUUCAGCACUGGAGACCAGUAUGCCACUGGCAACUGGGGCUACCUGGACCAGGUGGCCGCCCUACGCUGGGUCCAACAGAAUAUCGCCCACUUUGGAGGCAACCCUGGCUGUGUCACCAUUUUUGGCCAGUCUGCAGGUGGCACAAGUGUGUCCUCACAUGUCGUGUCCCCCAUGUCCCAAGGACUCUUCCAUCGUGCCAUCAUGGAGAGUGGGGUGGCCCUGGUGCCAGUCCUUAUCUCGAGCUCCUCUAAAGCAGUCCGCUCAACGGUGGCCAACCUGUCUGCCUGUGAGCAGGUGGACUCAGAGGCCCUGGUGCGCUGCCUGCGGGCCAAGAGUGAAGAGGAAAUGCUGGCUAUUACCAAGACCUUCAGGAUCAUCCCUGGAGUGGUGGAUGGCUUCUUCCUACCCAGGCAUCCAAAGGAGAUGCUCAUCUCUGCAGAAUUCCACCCUGUCCUUAGUAUCAUAGGUGUCAACACUGAUGAGUAUUCCUGGAUCAUCCCCAAGGUCCUGGGACAUCUUGACACCAUAAAGGGAAUAAAUAAAAGCACGUUGCCAGCUGUUAUGCAGAACAUGGUAGGACACAUGACACUUCCAGUGUGA